ACCCACAAGUGACCAACGUGCUCGCUGUGGUGCUCACCAUGUCUAAACGGCACUGGACGGUUAUCGCUUGAUAUUCUCUUUCCCGUGCUCUGCUCCAGCCAUCGCCGGCGAAGAGGAUGAAGUUGAAAGACGUGAAAAUCCUCGUCAAAUCGGGAGAGAAAGACUUUUCCGGCGGGUGGGUUGGUCGCGUCCAGCUCCUUUCGCAGGAUACGGCCAAUGAACGAUCAGGCCUGUUCUCGUUUCCUGUUUUCGGCGACUACCUUGGAGCACGGCCACGGGAUCCUGCGUUCGUGAGCUCGGCAUUCCGCCGAGGACCGGCCUGGAACUUUCUAUGAGCGUGCGACUACGUCGAGCGGUAUGAUGUACGUUUUACAUAAACG